AUGCGCCACUGCGCAGGAGCCGCGGCAGUCGAGGGGGCACAGUCCAUUCCGGUCACGUCCAUUCCGGCCACGGAGAAGGCCCGCCGUCUGGAGAAGGCCCUGACUGGCGACGCUGCGAGUUGGACCAUGGGCGACAGCCAAGCAAAUUGGGCCGUGGACGACGUGCUAUUGGACCUGGGCAAGAAGGCCACAGACCCAUCCGAGCUCAUCGUGGCUGCCGACUCCUCUACCGUGGAGAAUAUCAGCCUGGAAGGAGAAGAAGAUGAGAGCAAAGAGGAUGAGGGGAACGAAGAGGACUUCGAUGCGGUGCCCCUGCCAGGGAUGGCCUUUCACGUGACCAGGUUGCCAGAGGAGGCCACGGCCAGCGAACUGCGUAAGAUGUGUCAGGAGCUGGAGCUUAAGGUGAUACGGCUACGGCUUUCCGGGAACUCCGCCGAGGUCCUGGUUGGCCCGCUGCAGGAGCCCGAGCGCAGCAGGCGCAUGCACCUCCUCUCCUGCCUGCUGGAGAGCGCCGGCUGCUGCGUCACAGUUUGUGCGAACGAGUUCUAA